UUUCUUUCUUUUGCUAAUAAUCCACUCGGUAUCUCCUCCAUGGAAGCAUCGAAUCAGUCGAUCUGCUCCACUUUGUUUCUCAUCUCCAUCCAAUCCUGAACAUCGAAAUUCCCUAUUUACCCUCCUCGCCCUAUCAAAUUUCCCUCAUCGCCCGAAUUUUCCAUGGCUUGACCCGGAAAUCCGACUCAAAUGGACUCUCUGCAAAGUCUCCCUCCACUAUCGACUCUGUCCACCUCAGUUUCCUCUGCCCUCAACGCUAAACUCGGCACCAACCAUGAUCUAACCCAAGCACCAAGCAUCGUCGCCGAGUUUCUGACUCAGUGCGAUGAUCUGGAGCGAAAUCUAGUCCACCACAACCGUACCCUCGAGUCAAACCUCGCAUCUUACGCUUCCUUUUCUAAUCGCAUCGGCCACCUCUUCGGCAUUGUAAAUUCGAAAUUGACAGAUCUAGGAUCCUCCGUUUGCCUUCGGUCCUCCGUUUCAGACGGAGAAGGGUUGGGAGAGGAGUUGCCGUCGUUGGCCAAGGAGGUGGCCAGAGUGGAAGCGGUCUGAGCAUAUGCAGCGAGAGAAAGUUGAACAGUUGCUACUUGAAUCAACUACAAGUUAUCCCAUCAUUUAUGACAACCUCAAAAAGAUAUAUCCUGCAAGGGAUGGAAAUCCUGCGAAAAUUGCUGUGAGAGGAUUGUCUCUUGCUUUGCUUAGAGGGGAGAGUUUUGGCAUGUUUGGACCCAAUGGUGCUGGCAAGACUUCUUUAAUUAAUAUGAUGAUUGGGCUCACAAAACCAACCUCAGGGACAGCAUAUCUUCAGGGUUUGGAUAUACUGACUUCUAUGGAUACAAUCUAUACAAGCAUGGGUGUCUGUCCACAGCAUGACCUGCUCUGGGAAACUUUAACUGGGAGGGAGCACUUGCUAUUUUAUGGGAGACUGACGAACCUCAAAGGUUCUGCAUUAAAUCAAGCAGUGGAAGACUCUCUUAAGAGUGUCAACCUAUUUCAUGGAGGGGUUGCAGACAAACAUGCGGGCAAAUACAGUGGAGGUAUGAAGAGGAGACUCAGCGUUGCCGUUUCACUGAUUGGGGAUCCCAAGGUUGUCUUUAUGGAUGAACCCAGUACCGGUCUUGAUCCAGCUUCAAGAAAUAGUCUGUGGAGUGUUGUGAAACAGGCAAAACGAGAGGGGGCAAUUAUUCUCACCAGUAUCUCUCUCUCUGCACUACCACUCUUGAUUCACCAUUCUUGAUUUUAACCUAUUUGCAUGCUUUGCUCUCUCUUUUGCAUUCUUGAUUCUACAGAUAUAGUUGUAGUGUUGCUUUUUGUUUUUGUCAUAUACGCAUUUACCUUGUAAAUGAAUUGGAUUCGCCUUUCUUAUUUAUGAUUAUGUAAAACUAGAAUUUGUGUUACAAGAGAA